GCGUGCAACUCGUGGUUUUUAUCGAAAAUGAGAGUAUGGAUGGUGCUCUAAGCUUCGCACAAUUUCCUAAUCUUAUGAAAAUCACGUUUUCAAGAAAUAUCAAAUUCACUAAUCUGGAUAGUAUCGAUAUUAGUAAAAAUGAAAAGUUAUGGUGGUUAUAUAUUGACAUUUACACCGAUUUUAUGAACACUUAUUGCAUGCUUCUUGUUAAAGAAAAGCAACUUGAUCAAGUAAUAGUUUCUCAUGGAAACCAAAAAGAAAGGAUGAAAAAUCAAUGCAAAAUACCUUACUGCAUACUUGAAGAUCGAAAAUUGGAGCAAUUAGAAGCAGAAGUACAAAAGUUGAACCAAGAUCUCGCCGAAAAAAGUCAACAAAUAAAGGACUUACAAACGGAAACAAAGAGAAUAGGAUUGAUUGAUAGUGAAUUUUAA